AUGCAAAUGAAGUUUGUGGUGAAGAAGGCAUGGAGCAGUGGCGGUCGGGUAGGAGCGCUAGAGAUUGGAAGCUGCCCGGGACCCAUAGAAACUCCCGCUCUUCUCCUAUCCACUCGUAAAGGGCUUCCGCAUUUUAUCGCCCCUGACCUACUCACUUCUCUCCCUUCCCCUGAUUCCCAUCUCCUUCAAAUUUCUCCGCUCCACUUUUUGGAAGGUCUUGCUUCAACCACAAUAUCAAAAAUAGGAGGCCUUCACCAAAUGCUUGGUUUGCACCAAUAUGGAAUUGCGGCGGUAGCCAGAGAUUCCGUCCAAUGCCUUCCUGAGUCUAAGGGAGCUACCAAACACGGAGCAUGUUUUGAGACUCCUUGUGGUCGUCUGCUGAUUAAACCCAAAGAUUAUGUUGAAAUGAUUUCAUGCAUGACGCCAAAUAUAUGGGCCAGUUUGGCUGAUGAAGUACCUGCUUGGGUGUCUGAUCAAAGGAACAAAACCUCUGUAGAUAGAACUGUGCGAUGGCUUGAUGAUUGCCUUGCAUUAAAUCCGGUAAAUGAUUAUGUUUUCUUAUUUUACUCCAGUCGUGAUAUGAAUUGUGUUUCGAAGUUCAUGAAUUCUUGGAAAUUUAAUAACCGUAACGAUUGUGGUUUCAAUAAUGUUUUGUCAUAUUUUGAGUCUCUUGGUUGGGAAGACGAAAUUGAGUUGCAAAAUAAGUAA